GAGCUGCUGGAACUAGUGUCUGCUCUUCAGUUCAAGUCCUGAGGGACUAGGCACCUCGGCAGUUGUUUCUGAUCGCACUCUUCUCGUUUGGGUUGAGGAGGUCCAAGAGAGCCCGGCGGUAGAUUCCUGCGCGUCGUCUGCUUCUUAGGGGCUGUUUCGGUGUUUGUGUUUGUGUUUAUCGUAGAGUGGCGAGAGAUGCUGUGUGUUAGCUUUUCGUUUUGAUUGGAACUAUUGAUUGAAGAGCUCAAGAAAGAUGACAGAAGAAGAAACUAAUGAACGCUUAGACGUCCCUUCGAUUGGACAUGACGGGAUGCGAGCUGUUAAAAUACCUGUCAACCGGCUUUUGAACCGCGAACUCCUCAACAUUUUAUUUCUUGAUUCAUCAACAUUUUAAAUUAAUACUAAAACCUAUCACUAUGUUAACAUCAAAGAAUCUGCUCGGUGUUAUAGCUUUGAGCACUGUAAUCGGUUUGAUGUCAUAUCUAACCUCAUUAUGUGCAAGGAGACAGAACAAUAAUUUUUCUGCUAUGAAUUCCUCUUUUGUGUCCUCAGUCUGGUGUAAUUAUGGUCAAAGUGGAGAAAAAAUCUGCAGGUUUCAAAACCUCUGUUACAAUUCUCGCUUUCAAGAUUUUCAGUUCAUAUUGACUGAUGAGUCUGUUGUUUCUGGAGUUCAGAAUGUGUCAGAAUGGAUGAACAUUGACAUGUCAACAGUUCUCGAACACAAUGCAUUCAAAUUGAAAUUAUCUAUUUUGUCUGACACUAAUAAAUUUAAAAGACUUGUAUAUCACAAAUUACCUACAUUUAUUCUUCAUAGAUUUAAGCCAGACAAUAUCAUGCAUGUUAUUCAUGAUGAUUUAAUUCCUUUGUAUACUACCAUGGAAGCAAUUUCGGAUGGAACUGUUCCUUUUAAUCAAAAGUUUGGUCUUGCUUUUAGUGAUAAUUAUUCAACAACCGCUCUUGAUGAAUGGUACCAAAAUUUCUCUGCAGCUCCCCUUAUUCGACUCAUGUCCACCAAUGAAACAGUCUGCUUUAGUAAUGCCUACAUCGGAUUACACAGAACUACUGUAUGGUUCCGAUAUGGGUUCAAACAGGUACAAGGACCUUACUAUAAUAACAACUUCAACUCACAAGUAAUAAGAAAUUUUGUCAAUUUUAACUUAGAAAUUAGAAGAGAGACAUUUCAUUCUGAUUGUAAAAUGAAUUCUAAGCAAAUUAAAAUUAUUGUUCUUAGCCGGUCUCAAACAAGGCGGAUUUUAAAUAUGGAAUUCCUUGUAAAAGCUAUCAAAAAAGCUUGUACAAAAAUAUACCCCAAUAACAAGUUUGAUAUUGUCCAAAUUGAUAUCUCUAUUCACAGCAUUAAUUUCAUUCUAUGUCAAAUAAGGCAAGCAAAACUUAUUGUUGGUAUGCAUGGUGCAGCUAUGAUUCUCUCAAUAUUUCUACCCUCCUUAUCAGGCAUAGUAGAGCUGUUCCCUUUUGGUAUAAACCCAGAAAAUGUUUCAUUUUUGAAAUCACUUUUAGAACAGCAUCAGCAAUACCCCUUGUAUUAUGAACCAUGGAUAAAUAUCGAGAGAGAAAAUUCAGUGGCUGGCAUGAAUACUAAUCCCUUACUGGGUGGUAUAUCGCACCUUCCACAACAUGAGCAAAAUACAAUUAAAGGGCUGACCCAGGUUCCUGCAGUAAAAUGCUGUCACGAUCCCACGUACCUGUAUUACAUGUACCAUGACACAUUCUUAAGUGACAGCAUAUUUGAAGUAAUUCAUAAGUGCCUUAGGAAAACACAAAUAAAUACAUUUGACAAGAAUGUUCUCCUGUCAAAACUUGUCUUCCCAGCUUCACCAGCUUUUCUUAUGUGUGUAGUAAAAGAGAACAUUCUCUCUGUUGACUGGGGGGAGCUGUCAAAUGCUCAGGAAAAUGUUGGCCUUUGGUUUCAAAUUACUGUUCAAUUUGGUGAGCAUGUGAAAAACUUCAACAUCUAUGAUAGUGCAUCCACAAUGUUUGCCACACACAUAGACAACUAUGCUGAAGCUACUGAAGUGUGGUUGCAAGCAUUCAAUAAUAAAAACAUUGGAGGUAUUAUAAAGCAUACAAGAUGCCUUAGUGUUACAGAAUAAUGUAAAUUCAAUCAGUUAUGAAAAAUGUAGUUCAUUGACAAAACCACGUUUCUUGUUUGUUAAUAAUAAAUAAAGGUGUACAGUGAUGCAAA